AUGAAUGCCGCACUCGGAUUCUGUGAUGCAUUCGAAGUACACCUUCAGCAGCGUUUAUGCAGGAACUUUGUCAUGGCAAGCCAUGCGUUCUCGCUGUGCCGAAAUCACAACAAAGAUGAGCCUUUUGCGUUUGUCACGCCCGAGCACCCGGAAAAUCCGAGACGAUUCUUUGUCAGGCACAGGAUGGGAUAUCCUUUGAUGAGCUUGGAUGGAGACUUCGGCCCAGAAGGGCAGAUCAACGUCCGCGGGCUUAACAAGGACAACUACCAGAUCUGCGGCUUGGAGAAGACGGGCUCUGGCGAGUGUCAGUGCUUCGUGCUGCAGCACAUUGACGCAGGGCUUGUCCUUGGAGCUCUCUCGGCCAUUCGCCUCCACAGCAGGCUGGCGCAGGAGCGGCGUGUGGCGGAACAGGCUGCGGCUGCGGCUGCGGAAAGUCCAGAGAACUUGGAAGGCUCAGAUGGUGCGCAAUUGCAGCCGCUUGUUGCUCCUGAAGGAUCCAGUGCUGACAUGCCACCCCCUUCUCCUCAGGCAGAAGAUGCCGUGGUAGCCGGGUGA